AUGGACCUUGGUCUCAACGAUGUGCAUGUCCUCAUUACGGGCGCGAGUGGAGGGAUAGGAUUGGAAACGACGCGUCUCUACCUCUCCCUGGGUGCACGCGUUACGGCACAUUACAACAGAAACCCAAAGCCUCUCCACGAUCUCUGCACCCAUCAUGAAACGACAUUGCGAUGCAUACAGGCGAACCUAACGAACGAGGACGACGUUACGCGUCUAUUUGACCAAGCGUCCGAUAAUGCACAUGUACCCGUGUCGGUCCUCGUGGUCAACCACGGAGUAUGGCCAGAAGAGGAUGUUCCACUCGCAGACAUGUCGCUGCAGCAGUGGAACAACACUAUCGGCGUCAAUCUUACCGCGUCCUUCCUCGUAUGUCGGGGGUACCUCCGCGCCCUUCGCAAGGCCGGUGAAAGUGAGAAGGCGAAAGCUUCAAUCGUCCUCGUCGGAAGCACAUCAGGAAAGUACGGCGAACCCGGGCAUGCUGACUACGCUGUCACGAAGAGCGGUAUGAUGUACGGCCUGACAAACUCGCUCGAGAAUGAGAUUGUCAGGAUUGCUCCCAAGGGGAGGGUCAAUGCCGUUGCGCCUGGAUGGGUGAAGACGGCUAUGACGGAGGAGACGUUCAAGGACCCUAUGCUUCUGUAUCCCGAUCUCGCGACGACACCGCUAAGAAAAGUCGCGACAGCAAUGGAUGUGGCUAAUCAGAUUGUGAUCCUGUCGUCUCAUGCAGUCUCCGGUCAUGUGUCAGGGCAGGUUGUAUUCGUGGACGGAGGGCAAGAAGGUACACUUUUGAAUAUGCCCGAGGACCUUCCGUCCGAUCUUUGA